AUGACAACUAAAUUAUUAAUAGCGAUAAAACAAAAUAUACACAUUUUCUAUCACACCAGAGCUGCACCCGUUACAAAUGAAACCUCUGCAUAUGAUGAUGAAUAUCAUGAUAGUUACGAUGAUGAUUAUUAUGAUGAUACAGAAGAUACCAAAAGUAAAGCAUCUACACCUAGUAGUAUAAAUCCAAUAACAACAACCACAAAAUCAUCUUCAUUCAUAUUUAAUUUAUUAGACAUCCCUCAACGUAAUAAUCAUGUAAUUGAGCCCAGCUGUCCGAAAGUCUGUUUUUGUUUGGAAGAUUUCAAAUAUAUUAAAUGCUCAAAUGCUGGUCUCAAGGAAAUACCACGCGAUAUACCCACAACUGCAGCCAUUAUAGAUUUAAGUCAUAAUGAAAUACAAGAAAUUAAGAAAACCGAUUUUGCACAUCGUUCAAAAUUGCAAGAAAUCAAUUUAAAUUAUAAUCAUAUAGAGAAAUUGGAACAAGAGGUCUUUGUGGAUUUACCUCGUUUACAAAGAUUAAAAUUGUCAAAUAAUUAUUUAACCUCUAUACAUCCGGACACCUUUACGGGUGCUUCGGAUUUAAGUUUAUUGGAUUUAAGUAAUAAUUCCAUAGUUUUAAAUGAUCAUAAGUCAUUCCUAAAUCAACCUUCUCUGUUGGAAUUGAAUUGCCGUAAUUGUUCUUGGACGGAGCUGUAUGAUGAAACUUUUAAGAAUACUUCAUCUUUGACGGCAUUAAGAAUAGAUUUGAAUGAUUUUAAUAAGAAAAUCAAUACAAAAGCAUUUGUACCGCUGAAAAACUUGAUUAAGCUACGUCUGCCCGAAUUGGAUGCCCACAGUACGGAAGAGCUAUGCAAUCUCUUGAAAUUUAUCGAUAAUAUUGGUUUUAAACAUUUCGAUGUUAGUUGCUAUGAAUUGGUUUUGGGUGCAACCUACAAUGAAAGUUUAAUCUUGGCCACGGAACCGCCUUAUAAAAAACCCAAAUUAGAAUUGGAAAUAGAGGAAGAGAUUAAGAAAAGAAAUAAGGCAGAUAAAGACAGAGAAUUGAAAGCGACAGAUAGCAAACAACUAGAUAAAACUAAACAAACUAAGAAACAAGAAACUUCCACUAUGUCUUCUAAUCAAACACUGGCAGCUGAAUUUUCCAAUAACACUGAUGAUGUCUUGCAGGCGGGAGUAGUGCCACCAUCCGGAGAAGAUCCGGAAAAACCCUAUCAAGUACCCAUUUCACAAGAAGCCAUUAAUUUCAUGUUAAUAGGUCUUAUGGUUAUAUCUGUUAUUGGCAUUAUCAUUGGCAUCAUCUGCCGCAAAGAUGUGGGUGGCAUUAAGACAAAAUGCUGUCGCACCAAAAAACCUUUAGAUGAAAAAACAACAGAAGCAGGUUCUCCCGGUGAGGAGAUUCCUUUAAAUAAGUUAACUUAGUUUAUUUAUAAAUUUAAAUAAUUAAGUUAGAAUUUAAUUAAACUUUUUAAAUCAACACAAAUUUUUGUUCAACUU